GAGAAACAGAGAGAGAGAGAGAGAGAGAGAGAGAGAGAGAGCCAUGGCGAGGACGACGAUGAUGGCGCUACUCCGAAGGGGAACUCCCAAAAUCCCUAGAUGUCUACCUUCCAUUCUCCCUCGAUUCCUCCAUUCCCAUGCCACCAGCUUCGGAUUCAAGCAAGUCCAGGAAGAUGAGAAAAGCAAAUUGGUGGGUGGUGUUUUCAGUAGCGUUGCUUCAAGUUACGAUCUCAUGAAUGACAUGAUGAGUGCUGGGUUGCAUAGGCUGUGGAAGGAUAGAUUGGUCUCAAAGUUGCAUCCUUUUCCUGGAAUGAAGCAUCUUGAUGUGGCUGGAGGAACAGGAGAUGUUGCCUUUCGUGUUCUUGAGAGUAUAACUAGUGUUAGUGAUAGAGCCUUGCAGGAAGGUCUAUCUGGUAUAGAAGAUGAGACAAAAAUAUUCGUAUGUGACAUCAAUCCAAACAUGUUGAAUGUUGGCAAAAAGAGAGCUGUUGAGAAAGGGCUUGGUGAAGAUUGUUCUCUUCAUUGGGUAGAGGGAGAUGCCGAAGCUUUAAGUUUUGCUGAUGGGUCAAUGGAUGGGUAUACUAUUGCAUUCGGGAUAAGGAAUGUAACACAUAUUGAGAAAGUACUUUCAGAAGCUUACAGGGUACUCAAACGAGGAGGAAGGUUUCUUUGCCUAGAGCUGAGCCAUGUGGAACUUCCUGUCUUCAAACAAAUUUACGACUACUACUCAUUUUCAAUCAUUCCAGCUAUGGGAGAGUUUUUGGCUGGUGACAGAGAUUCUUAUCAAUAUCUAGUUGAGAGUAUUCGCCGGUUCCCUAACCAGGAGACCUUUGCUCGAAUGAUCCUUGAUGCAGGAUUUCAGAAGGUUGAAUAUGAGAAUCUUGUUGGAGGUGUAGUUGCUAUUCAUUCCGGAUUAAAAUUGUAGGGACCAGUAAAAUGCCAGAUCCAAUCCUCGAAAUCAUCCUGCUGCAACUGCAACCAAGAACCUUGAAAGUUCAGCGUGUGCUCGUCCCCCUUUAAUUUAAUCUUUUCUUUCCAGACAUCCAGCAACAGAUAUCUCUUGCAAUCAAUAAAGGUGACAAAGAAAUCAAUCUGGAUCUCUCCCAAGGUUUCACUGACCCUUGUGAUGGUGGUUUCAAUGGUGAGCAUAGCUUCUUGACAUUGCCUUGAUCAUCUGUUGGAACACAAAGGCAUUGACACACUUGAGUUUCAGUGUAGACAAUUAGUUCAAAUGAAUUAUUAUCAGUUAUUUGGCAUGAAAUAAGGAUCAAGACUAGUAUUAGUUUCAGACCUUUUCUUGUUCAUGUUUCAGACCCUUGUGUCACUCACAGGGUAUUACUUGGCGAUGCCGUACACUUGCGGGCACACAAUCAAGUUUUUAUAGCAUUUAAAAUAGAAUUAUUUAGUAUAA